AUGGAGUUGAGAGGUGCUUUGCACCAAUACCCAAACUUCCCUCAAGAGGGUAUCCUAUUCGAGGACUUCUUGCCUAUCUUCAGGGAACCACAACUUUUCAGAAAGUUGGUUGAAGCUUUCAAGAUGCACUUACAAGAAAAGUUCCCAAACAAGAAGAUUGAUUAUAUUAUUGGUCUUGAAUCCCGUGGGUUUUUGUUCGGCCCUUCUCUAGCUUUGGCCAUCGAUGCUGGUUUUGUUCCAGUUAGAAAGCAAGGUAAGCUACCUGGUAAGAUCGCUAGCGCUACUUAUGUGAAGGAAUAUGGUGAGGAUGUUUUCGAAAUCCAAGAAGAGUCUAUCCCCGAAGGUUCUAAUGUUGUGAUUGUCGAUGAUAUCAUCGCUACUGGUGGAUCUGCCAAGGCAGCUGGUGAAUUAGCUUUGAGACUGAAAGCCAAUCUUUUGGAGUUCCUUUUCGUCAUGGAGUUGGACUUUUUGAAAGGUACUUCAAAGCUUCAAGCUCCUUCUUUCACUUUGUUGAAGGGCCAAGAAGAGGCUCUUUCUAAAUAG